CAGAAGUGUUUUGUUUAGAACUCAUACGGUGACGUGUCUGUGUGUUUGUCUGGAGUUAUUCUUGCGUGAAUACCACAAAGGAUCUUACAAGUGGUGACCUAGGUGGGAUACCAAAGCUUGUAUGGUACAGAACAAGUGUGCCAUUUGUUCUGCAUUUGCAAAGCUAGCAAGUGCCCAAGAUGCUGCUCCAGCUGCUUUCUGUCCUCUGGGAGGCCAUGUCUCUACGGGUGUUCCUGGUGUUUCUGGCUACAUUCCUGCUCAUUUCUGACUACGUGAAAAGAAGACGUCCAAGGGAUUUUCCGCCAGGCCCUGUGCCCCUUCCGUUCCUAGGCAACCUGCUCAGUUUCAUUGACCCGAAUCCUCAGUUUGCUUUUAAUAAGCUUGCAGAAAAAUAUGGGAAUAUCUACAGUUUACAGAUUGGAAAUCAGUGGGUCAUGAUUGUGAAUGGAUUGCAGAUGGUGAAGGAAGCCCUUGUCCAUCAAGGUGAACAUUUUCUAGAUCGUCCACAAAUUCCUUCCUUUGCUGAAGUCUGUGGGUCAUUUGGAUUGGUCCACUCUAAUGGAGAAAGCUGGAAGCAACAAAGACGAUUUGCCUUAACAACGCUAAGAAACUUUGGUCUGGGGAAGAAAAGUUUAGAAGAACGAAUACAGGAUGAGAGCAGAUACCUUACUGAUGCAAUUGACAAUGAGAAAGGACAGCCAUUUAACCCUCACUUUCAUAUUAACAAUGCUGUUUCAAAUAUCAUCUGUUCCAUCGUUUUUGGAGAUCGCUUUGAAUACCAUGACAGUAAUUUCCAGAAGCUAUUGCAUUUGAUUGAUGAGAUAAUGUUCAUUCAGGGAAGCAUCUGGAACCAGCUAUAUGGUAUAUUUCCAACCUUAAUGAAAUGCUUGCCAGGACCUCAUAGGACCAUGUUUAAAAGCUGGAGAAAAGUAAUAUCCUUUGUAAGAGAAAUUAUUGAAAAGCAUAAAGAAGAGUUGAAUCCAUCUGAAACAAGAGACUUCAUUGAUGCUUAUCUCAAAGAAAUGGCCAAGGAGGAUGCUGGUUCUAGUUUCCAUGAAGAAAAUCUCAUAUUUUCAACACUUGAUCUGUUUUUUGCUGGGACACAAACAACCUCCACAACUUUGCGCUGGGCUUUGCUGUACAUGGCAUUUUAUCCAGAAAUUCAAGAAAGAGUUCAAGCUGAAAUAGACUCUGUGAUUGGCCAAUCUCGCCAGCCAUCAAUGGAUGACAGGGACAGCAUGCCCUAUACUAAUGCAGUUGUGCACGAAAUUCAAAGAAUGGGGAACCUUUUGCCUUUGAGUGCGCCCCGGAUGACAACUAAAGAUACAACACUGGCUGGAUUUCGAGUGCCCAAAGGAACCGUUUUAAGCGGCAGCUUGUCAUCAGUGUUGUUAGCCAAGGAAGAGUGGAAAACCCCUGAUGUAUUUAAUCCUGGCAAUUUCUUGGAAAAUGGUCAGUUCAGGAAGCGGGAAGCAUUCUUGCCCUUCUCUGCAGGAAAGCGAGUUUGUCUUGGAGAGCAGUUGGCUAGGAUGGAACUUUUUCUUUUCUUCACUGCCUUAUUUCAGAAAUUCACCUUCCAGGCUCCAAAAGAUGUGACGUUAAGCAUUGAUGCCAUGAUGGGGAUGGUGUCGUUCCCACAACCGUAUAAUAUAUGUGCACUUCCUCGCUAGAGGAAGCAAUUUCUAUCAGUGCUUUUCAGAGAACUGGGGUUUGUUGCCAAUAUUUCUUCUAAUGUUUUGCAUGGCCCAGUGUGGAAUCAGAGCCACUGGAAGAUCUGACAUAACGGGGAAAGCACAGUAAAAGCUUCACCUAUUGUUCAGUUCAAGUGACAUCUCGUAUGUUAGUUUAUGCAAUAGAAACAGAACUGAGCAGAUAGCCUUUUUAAAGAUCUUCUCAACCUUUUGAUCUCCUCUUCUUUCUGGUCUAAAGACCACUUUUGGCUUGCCUUAUAAUAGACAAAUAUUCAGGCUUUGGGGAGUCCUGGACAAGAGUUGUUUGGGGCCCCUUAGAGAUAUGAAAGGAAGUUAGGCUUAAAAAGAUUUUUCCCCUACAUAAAGUUGCAAUGAAAGUAUAGACGGAAUUUUGUCAUAUUCUAUAUAGUAAUCCUUUAUGUUUUGUUAAUUAGAAGUUUGUUCCUGUGCAGUAGGGAUGUGCUAUUCUAUUCGUGCAUUAAUCGAAUAACAACAAAAUCGGGGCUUCAUGGAUUCACCUGUGAAUAGAAUCACCUCUUAAACUAAGCAGCUAAUUUGAGGGCAAAUCAAAUUGCCCCAAAUAUGUAGUGAAUAGAGUUGCAUGAUUUGUGUUGUGGUUGCUAUUUUAUCUCCGUGAUUUUCAAUUGCCGAAUGGUUUUCUGGCAUUGUCUUACGAUUUGUUUGAGAUCUCUUUGCUUCUUGAUUGGUUUGUUGGCAUUCAAAUCAAGUGUUGCUGUUAUGGACAGCACUCAAUUUUUGGUGGGUGAUUUUAAAUUGACAGAAGGGCCAGAGCAGAGCCAUUUUGACCCAAGAAAAACCAUUUUGUGCUGUUUUUGCUGAGAACAGCCGCUUCUGUGGCAUUUUGAGUUUCCAUUCCUAUUCAAAGCAAAGCUGGGCAUGAGAAUGAGCUCAUUGGCUUCUGACUUUGUUUUGAAUUGGGAGGGGGGAAGUGAGAGGGAAACUGUUUAAAUGAGGCCUGUAUCUAGGGAUGUGCAAACUGGCUUGAGGUUGAGCUGGUACGUCAUUGAGCCAGACCGGACCCAGUUCAGCUCAAUACCAAACCUCUCAGGCCAGCUCGGAGCUGGUUUGGAGGUACUAAAGUUGUUGUUUUUUGUUUGUUUCCCCCUGGAAAAAACCUCUCACCACUGGAUUUGGAGGUGCUGCCGUUGCUGUGGUGGAGGUGGUCUCUGCCAUUUCCCCUCCCCCUGAUCUUCCAAGAAUGGUUUCACCCUAUUUCCAGGCCACUCUGGCCCUUCCUGCGGUGGCUGCCAUACAUGCAUCUUGGCCACUUAUGUGGCCUGGGUCAUGACUUGGUCAUGCAAAUGGCCAGGGUGCAUGCAUGGCAGCCUCCAAAAUGGCCAGCAGCACCAGAGGAAGGGACUGAAGGCCCCAAAAUGACCUGAAACGGCCCUUGGAAGAGUAGGGGAAGGCCUGUGGUAGGGAAGGGGAAAUGACAGAGACCUAUCCCAGCAGCCACAACAGCACCCCCAGACCUGGUGGUGAGUAUUUUUUUGAUGCAAUGCAUCGAAUUCAAGCCGAGCCAUGGGUUUGUUCGGGGGACAUGGUUUUGUAUACAUCUCUACCUGUAACAGUGUUCUAGCAGCAGAAGAGAGAUAUCUAGAAUGAAUGAAUGGUAGAGUGAAUCCAUCGGGGAUGAAGAUUCCAUUGCAAGCCAUUCCUGUGUUUUAGGAGAGAGGAAUUGUUUUGAUUUUUUGGCCUGCUGUGUGUAUAUUUUCUUUUUGUAUUUUGCACCUUUUACUUGCUACUGUUUUUCCUUGUUAACCGAACCUCUGCCAAAGGGUGUGCCUUGACUUAAUGUCAAUGAUUGAGUUUGCUUCUGUUAUGCUUUUUGUUAUUGCAAUAAAAGAGAUAUUAGGGAAGAAAAGAAUCCCUUUUCUUCUUUUCA